GCGAGGUCCCUGCCCAGCACCUGUCGUUGAUGCGCGUCGCGCGCUCUCUCGCUGUUUUCCGCGUGAGUGCAGGUGCUGCGUCUCCUUGGCUACUAUUCAGCACCCGCGACACCGGGUUCAGAUCCACAUCAGCGCCACAGCUUACAGUCUGUCCAUUGAAAUGGCGCCUUGAUCACAUUUUAUUUCUCUAUUAAUGAGUUAAAAACGGUCGUUUAAACAGUGGACUGGAUCUGUUCCUCUCCUCGGGUGGAUGACAUAGAGCAUGAACCUCAUGGAACCUCCAGUGAGACAGACCAAUGGGGUGGCCAGAUCUGACAGCAAGAUCAGUGCCAAAGCCCUUUUUGAACAACGCAAGAAAUACUCCAACUCAAACUUCAUCAUGCAAGAAACGUCUCAGUACCACGUCCAGCAUCUCUCCACAUUUAUAAUGGACAAGACUGAAUCAAUAGCCACAGUAGAAGAUGCAAUAAAGAAACUCAUCCUUCUGGAGUCUAAAGGUAAAAUUUGGACUCAAGAGAUGCUGCUGCAGGUCAGUGACAAAGCCAUCAAGCUCCUAGACUGCGACACCAUGGAGGAGCUGGAGAACUUCCCUCUCUCCACAGUCCAUCACAGUCAGACAGUGCUGAAUAAGACACGGUACCCGUCUGUCCUGCUGUUGGUCUGCCAGGACAGUGAGCAGCACCGACCAGACAUUCACUUCUUCUGUUGUGAUGAGGUGGAGGCGGAAAUAGUGCACGCUGACAUCGACAGUGCUCUGGGAGACAAUAAAAAUGGCAAAAAGAUGAGACCUCAAACACUAAAGGUGAACCAGGAGAAAAUGAAGCGACAUCGGGAGACAAUCAUCCCACCCUCAGAGUCAAAAGAAUUUUCUCCAGGGAUGAAGGGGCGUGUGGACAUGCAGAAUGUAGAAAGACAAAGUUCAGUACAGCAGGACACAGAAUCCAAUGAGAAAUUAGCCCAGCGCAUUGAGAAGGAAGUGCAAAUCCUGAACUGUGCUCUGGAUGACAUUGAGAUCUUUGUGGCACGUCUGCAAAAAGCCACAGAAGCAUUCGCCCAGCUCAACCAGCGUAACAAGAACAGGAAAAAUAAGAAAAGAGGACCAGCGGAGGGGAUGCUGACACUAAGAGCUAAACCUCCAUCUGAGGCAGAGUUUAUUGACAGUCUCCAGAAACUGAAGCUCUCCUUCAAUCUGCUGGCCAAACUGAAGAAGCACAUUCAGAAUCCUAACGCUGCAGAACUCAUUCACUUCCUGUUUGGACCCCUUGAGAUGAUCUUACAGGGCAGUGGUAGUCCUGACCUUGCUCGCUCAGUCAUCUCUCCUCACCUGUCUCGUGAAGCUGUGGAUUUCCUGCGAGGACAUCUGACUCCUAAAGAGAUGACUCUUUUUGAACUGCUGGGAGAUGGCUGGACAAGACCCAGAGCUGAUUGGCCCAGGGAACAGUGUGCUCCUCUCUACAUCCCACAUUUCCGCAAUGGCUGGGAGCCUCCAGUCGAGCUGUUUCGAAUGUCACCAUGGGAGACUGAGUGCUCUGAUGUGUUGUCUGUCUCCUCAGAAGAGUUUUUUGGCUCACAGUCCUCACUGUCAUCAAAUGGGUCCUUCACAGGAACUCCCUCUGGCCGGAGAUAUGUCAAGGUCCUCUACAGCUUUGUGGCCCACAAUGUCAAUGAGCUCUCUGUUCUUCAGGAUGAGAUUUUGGAGGUAAUUGAGAGUGAUAAUCAGUGGUGGAAGCUGAGGAACAGGAGUGGACAAGUGGGGUUAGUGCCUUCUAACACCUUAACUCUCAUUACACUGGAGGAUCUUCACAGUGUGGACCCAAUGUACAGCCAGUCUUUUGUAGGUACAUCAUCUAGCCCUCUGGGGAGAGGAAACAGUUUUGAAAAACCAAGAUCUCCACGGAAUAAAGAUUUCCGCAUGCAACAGAUGGAUGAAGUGAACGACGAGCUGCUGAAAAAGAUCACCUCCAGUAAGAACCAACCGCCAACUCGAAAUUUCAAAGUGGAGCGCCACUCUGGUCCUGCCAUUGCUCUCAGAUUCAAUUCAUCCGCUUCUGAUGUCACUGCCUGGCUCCAAGCCAAGGAAUUUUCCAAGGCGACGGUGGACUGUUUGGGAAUUUUGAGUGGUGCUCAGUUGUUUUCCCUCAAUAAGGAAGAACUGAAGGCGGUAUGUGGUCCAGAAGGGGCACGUGUCUACAGCCAGAUCACUGUGCAAAAAUCCCAACUAGAGAGGAGCCAAGGAGACUCGGAGCUGCAGGAAAUCAUGAUAAAACAGAGGGAGAAAAUUGCCUCUGCCUCCAAAUGAUUGUAUUUCCGUAAAAUGAAUCAAACAAUCAGCAAUGCAGUCUGGCUUCUGUGAUAUUAAUAACUCAUAAUAACAAUAAAUGGAGAACAUGGGUGAAUUUCAGAAAUGAUGUUGACAAAGUGCACAAUCCUGAUUUAUCUUUGUUGUAUGUCUUACAUUAUCAUACAGUACAUUCAUAAGUAAUAUGGCCACAUGCUAGGCUUGUAUACACUUAAUUUUAUUUAUUUUGUUUUUAGAGAUUCCUCUGUUUUGAUUAUAUCAUAGCAUUUUUCUUAAUACUUGUUUAUUAUGGGGAAAAUAUUUAGCUUUGCUUCUGUAUAAAAAGUGUGUAUGAGAGACAAAAUUAGCCACUACAGGUGGCCAUGAUUGAGUUUCUAGUGUUUUAAACAGUUGUGUUUCAGUCUGCAUUUCAUGUUACUUUCUUUUCAUGUCAUUGUCAUUUUAAACCUGGAUAUUUGUCUUUCAAAUGCUACUUAUUUGUAAAUGUACAGUAAAUAAUCCUGUCGGCACAUGUAAUGUUCAAAUGCUGAUUUUGUCAUUAAAUAAUGAUGUAGGGGUAGAACUGCCACCUCACUGCUCGGGGGUCUCAGUUUUGGUUUUGAGCUCUGCUUUCUGCCUGUGCAACAUUUCAAAGCUUGUUUCAGUGUCCAUGUGGGAUUACUCUGGGUUCUUCGGUUUCCUCUCACCUCCCAAAAUCAUACCAGUAAGUUGAUUGGUUAUGCUAAAUUGCCCCUAGGUGUGAAUGAGUGUGUAAAUGUAUGUGCAUAGUGUCCUGUCCAGGGUUUAUUCCCUCCUUCAGCCCAGUGUUCCUAGUAUGGUCUGUGAACCUGAUGAAUAGGUCCCGAAGAUGACUGAAUGAAUGUGUAAUGAUGCAGGAACAUUAAUAAAAGCAGCUGCAAAUUUGUAA